GCACCAUUCUUUGUGUCCCAUCAUCCACGCCUUCGACACUGAACAUCAACGGAUCAAGCUGAGCAGGGCUGGGUUGGCGACGAACGUUACCCCUGAAUGCGCCACCGCAACAUUUAGGCUCUCUACCGGAUACCGCCGCACCUCUAUGCCCAUUCUGGCCCCGGACUGUCUCUUUGUAGCCGGUGCACUGCCGGCUGGUCUUGUAUCCUUGGGCACAACUUCGCAUCGUCUAAGCAGCCAUGGAUGACUAUCUGGAUAGUCCUAUGGACUCGGACGACGUCUUUCCCUGCAAAGGGUGCGGCGAGAUCCUAGAGGAAGGCAAGGCCUUCGAGCUCGCUGGAAAUCGAUGGCAUCUGGAUUGCUUUCGGUGCAACACGUGCAACACACUCCUCGACUCGGACGCGAAUUUGCUCCUCCUCGGCGAUGGCUCCCUCAUCUGCAACAAUUGUACCUACAGCUGUAGCGCCUGCGGGAACAAGAUCGAGGACCUCGCCAUCCUGACGGGCGACCAGGCGUUCUGCGCAACCUGCUUCCGCUGUAGGAACUGCAAGAGGAAGAUCGAGAAUCUGCGCUAUGCCAGGACAUCCCACGGCAUCUUUUGCAUGAAUUGCCACGAGUCGCUGAUGGCGAGGCGGCGGAAGAAAUCAAAGGCGGCAGCACAGGCGAAGCAACGGGAGAAAGAUGCCUCGCCCAUGAUUACGGACAAAUCUCUGCCCGCGCUACCGCCCAAUGCAGUACCCCCUAAUGCUUUCUCCACCGAACGCAUGGCCCCGGAUUCCGAUACACCAACCGAGCUCUCACCACGUCCUCGCGCCGCCUAUGGGCGACACGACUCGGUCUCUCGAAGCGGUUCGAGACCCGACCGCUCUCCUGAACGGAUGCAGGACCCCGCGAAGGACCCCGCCCUGGCACCGUCCGCCUCGAGCUAUCGGCACAACCGAAAUUCGGCCCUCUUCACCGGGGACCUGAACAACGGAGACUCUGACGGGAGCUUCUUCAUCCCCGUAGCGCUGGAUCCCAGUCCCGCGCCGUCACUAACUCCUCAAUCCAUGUCCGACACGUUUGCAGAUUCGAGUAGGAGGAACAAGGAAAGGGAUUACUUCGGUCCGCCGAGGCCAACUCCGGAAAGGAGAACCACCGAGUCCCAGGCGUCGACGCCUCACAUCGCAUUUCAGGAAAAGGGAAGGCAACCAUCUUCGGAUUAUGACAUUCCCCAACAGGAGCGGCCGGCUCGCAGGCUCUCCAAGCGGAAUGGAAAUCCCAAGGCCUCUCCCAAUCCGGCAGACGAUGGCAAACCUUCUACCAAGUCACAGCCCAACGACGAGUUCAGGCUGCAAGACGCUCCUAAAAGCAAGAAAUUGGGCAAUUCCAGGAGCGACUCCAUAUCCAACAGUUCUUCGGACGCACCUACACCUGCCAAAGCACCUCCAGCGCCGCCACGGAACCGUGAUGUUUCCAAUACGACGAAUACCGACUCCCCACGCCAGCCUGGUCCGGGCGACAAGGCGUCUCCGCCUCGGCCUUCGCAAGAUUCUCGACGUAGAGAGGACGAUGCUAUUCGCCCAUCAUUGGACUCAAUGACGUCCGGCCGAAAUGAGGCAUCUAUCCCCCCGUCUAUCGCGAGGAAGGAGGUCUCCCUGAGCCAGUCACGGAAUGUUAACGGUAAUGAGUCUGUUCCUCCGCCUCCACGCCCGGUACCCGAGACGAAGUUAAGCGACACAUACAUGCAGCCGAGGGCGCCGCCGCAACCCCCAAGUCAGGUAUCCAAAGAGCCGGCGGUUUCGGUCACCGAAGUGCCAGAGCCAAAGGUGUCGCCGAAGCUGCCGCGCUGGAGCUCGGGCGGUGAGUUCAGCAUGGACGAAGAUAUGGCUAGAAUUCUAGGAACCGACGAGGGCUCAUCAUCAAUUCUGCGGCGGGUGUCGAACGCUGUGCGGCACGGGCGGAGUAAUAGCAACGAAUCGGGCAACAAUCACGGAAGGCUUGGUCAUAGCAGGAGCGUGAGCGAGACAACGAGGGGGGCCGGGUCUCCCCGCUGGCCGAGGACACCGAUUGCUGAAGAUCAAACUGGGGCUCCGGAUAUCAGCAGCCCAAUAUCGCUCUCGGGGACAGGGCAGGACGACCCGGCGUUACUGAAACGGCAACUGAGGAACUCGGAGCAGCGCGUGGCAGAACUCGAGCGGCAGUUCAAUACGGAGAAAGAUCUCAAGAGCCUGAAUAAGAAGCUCAUCGAGAAGCGGAAGACGGUUUCGGUCUUGGACACACAGACUGAAAUCAUGAUCCGGCAGAUCGAGGUACUUGCUGGAUACGUGGAGCGGGCUAAGAAGACCAAUGAACCCAUCGACCCUCGCGAGCUGGAGGAAUCAGCCAUCAAGGAAUUUGUGCAAAAGCUGGAGAAGGUGAAACAGAACAUGACGGCCGCGAUUGAACAGCUUCACGCCGAGCGGGACGAGCUCUUGGAGGAGAAAGCUCAGGCGAUUGCCGACCGAGAUCGCGCUCUGCUUGAAUUUGAGCAACUCUCAUCCAAGAACGCGCAACUGGCCGAUAUGAACAACGACCUGACACACCAAAUUCAGGAAAGGUUCAAGCAGCAAAUCAACAACGGAGAAAGACCACCGAACGGCCUAGGCAUCUAUGGUCACGCCAAGGGCGUAUCGUCGAUAUCAGUCAAUCUGGAUGCAGCGAGUCUGCAGACGGGCACAACCAUGGUCGGUAACGAUGGUGAGGAGCCGGUCGUCGAAGGACCGACUGUGGUCAACAUCCGGAAGGGCCAGGUGAAGAAGUUCAAUUGGAAGAAAGGCUCCAGCAAGGUUGCCCAUAACAUUUCCAAGGGCAUUAAUCGCGCAGCAGGCGCCUUCCAGCAGCAGGAGCAGAACCGUGUUCAGCAGCACCAAGGGUUGACGGGCGAUAAUAUCGGCCUCCCCUAUAAUAUGACAGUCGCACAGGUUGACUCGCCGGUUCCCAUGGCUCCUCCAAGCGGGCCCAAUCGAUCCCAGACAGAAACCCAGCGACAGGGCUUUGGCUUCUUCAGCAAGAAACCCAACGUUCCAAAGUCGACCUCUGUCACCAACGUCUCCACGCCUGCGCCUCCUACCCCUGCGGAGGCUCCCAGCACCCUUUUCGGCUCCGACCUAGUCGAGCGGGCUGACUAUGAACGUCGCCAGAUCCCUAGCGUCGUUACGCGCUGCAUCGAGGAGGUGGAGUUGCGCGGCAUGGACAUUGAGGGCAUCUACAGGAAGACGGGAGGCAAUUCCUUGGUCAAGAUGAUCCAGGAAGGGUUCGACAAGAGCGAGGACUUUGACAUCUCGGAUCCGUCCCUCGAUAUCACGGCUGUCACGAGCGUCUUGAAGCAAUACUUCCGCAAGCUGCCCAACCCGCUGCUCACCUUUGAGGUGUAUGACCGCAUCUUGGAAUCGAAUGUGAUACAGGACGAAACCGAGAGGUGCGCGCACAUGAGAAAGACAAUCAACAUGCUCCCACCCAAACAUCGAGACUGCCUCGAGUUUCUCAUGUUCCACCUCGCUCGGGUGGCCAGCAGAGAGCGAGAGAACCUGAUGUCUCCCAAGAACUUGGCCGUGGUUUUCGCGCCUACUAUCAUGCGCGACCACAGCCUCGAGAAGGAGAUGACGGACAUGCACGCGAAGAAUGUGGCAGUGCAAUUCCUAAUCGAGAACAGCAACACCAUCUUCGGCGAGGAUUGACCUUCCUUAUGGUUUUGAGAAUAAAGAAAA